AUGUAAAUCGUAAUAGAAUUGUAAAUGUCCACGUUGUACAAAAACAAACGUGGUGGUUAGAGAAAUUAAAGGCUAUGUUGAAGGCUGUAAUAUUAAUUGGUGGCCCUCAGAAAGGGACAAGAUUUCGACCAUUAUCUUUUGAUCUCCCGAAACCACUCUUUCCUGUUGCUGGAAAACCAAUGGUACAUCAUUUAAUUGAAGCAUGUUGUAGAGUGCCAAAUCUAACAGAAAUUCUUAUGAUUGGUUUUUAUCAAGGAGAUGAAUCACUUGUUCAGUCUGCUGCAUCUAUGUCAAAAGAAUACAAUGUAAAUAUAAGAUAUUUACAAGAAUAUACUGCUUUGGGCACUGCUGGUGGUUGCUAUCAUUUUCGAGAUCAGAUAAGAAGAGGUGAUCCAGAAUCGUUUUUUCUUAUUAAUGGUGAUGUGUGUGGUGAUUUUCCCCUUAUGCAGAUGAUAGAAUUUCAUAAAAACAAAGCAGGAAAGAGUUUAAUAACCGUUAUGGGGACUGAGGCAACAAGACAAGAAUCUUUAAAUUAUGGCUGUAUUGUGGAAAACAAAGAAACACAUGAGAUAAUUCAUUAUGUCGAAAAGCCAUCUACGUUUGUUAGCACAGAUAUCAACUGUGGAGUAUACUUAUGCUCUCUAGAUAUAUUCCAACAUAUGGCAACAAUCUUUAAACAGAAACAAUAUGAUUAUCAUCACGGUAACUUAUGGGCUUGCAACUCAUCUACUGGUAGCGAAGAAUAUAUAACUGAAUACAACAAUAGUGAUUGUAUAAGACUGGAACAAGAUAUUCUAAUGCCCUUAGCCGGCACCGGACGACUUUACAUGUUUCACACGAAUCGAUGGUGGAGCCAGAUUAAAACUGCAGGCUCUGCUAUUUAUGCAAAUCGUCACUAUUUGGAAUUGUAUCAUAAUACCAAAUGUGAUCAGUUGGCUAAAAAUGGAGAAGGAAAACCUACCAUAAUCGGUGAUGUUUUCAUACAUCCAACAGCAACAGUUCAUCCUACAGCAGUUUUAGGACCAAAUGUUAGCAUUGGAAAGAAUGUUAUCAUUGGAAGUGGAACAAGAAUUCGGGAAUGCAUCAUUUUGGGAAAUGUAACAAUCCAGGAUCAUGUGUUGAUCUUUCACAGCAUAAUAGGAUGGAACAGCACCGUAGGAGCUUGGACAAGAAUAGAAGGAACACCGUGUGAUCCUAAUCCUAAUAAACCUUUUGCCAAAAUGGAAAAUGUACCUUUGUUUAAUAAUAAUGGAAGAUUAAAUCCUUCAAUCACUGUAUUAGGCUGCAAUGUUCAAGUCCCAUCUGAAGUAAUUGUAUUAAAUUCUAUUGUAUUGCCACAUAAAGAACUAAACCGAAGCUACAAGAAUGAAAUAAUUUUAUGAAAUUAUUGUGUAAAUUUAUUUGAAAAAUCUUUUUAAUGAACUCCUCUUGUAAGAAUAAAUAACAAGAAAACUUUUGGAAUUCAACUCGUUUGUUUUUCUAAGUAAGAAGAUAAAAAUCUCUCGGCGUAAUCAUUUCUGCUGAGAUUAUCCAACCGUGAAUGGGAUAUUGUUUGUAGUGUAACUUUCUAAAUUACAUGCCAUUUACGAAUUGUUUAAAUUACCGUAAGUCUCGUAGAACAAAUAAACCUAUUUUGUAUUAAAAUAUUACCAGUAGUUGCUUGGAGAAAGCAUAAAACUAUUUCUAUAAAGUCUCCUACUUCUAGUUCAUAAAGUCGUUUAACCAAGCCUUAAAGAUGCACCGAAAUUACUUAUUUUCAUUUUAUUUUAGCCAAAUUUCACUAAAAAUUUGAAUUAUUUGGCCUAGAUAUUUCAGUAUAAUUCCUUAUUUUUAUUUCGCUUUAGCCACAUCUCAUAAAAAAAAUUUGUAAUUAUUCAUCCUAGAUCCUUUCAAGGAAGCCAUUCUGUUAGCUUUUUGAAUGGCAGUUUAUAGUCUCUCAUCCACAAACAAUAGUUUUAUUACUAGAGUGGCUAUAAAAUAUAUAUAUAAAUACAUUUAAUAAAGAUAUAUAUUUUUUUUCUUGCUUCUAAAAAUUAAAUCCGGUACAGGAAACCAAAACAGGGCCUCAAGUUCCUUUAACAAGUAAUUUGUUAAGCGUGAAAAUGAGUGCAGCUGUUAUAGAAUUUUAUAUUUCUUUAUGUAACGAUUGAAUAGUUGUCCUUUAACUAUAUUUUAAAACAAUUAAAAUCAAUGGAGGUUGUUAUAAGGUUAUAAGGCAUCAAGGGGUGUUAUAGGAUUAUAAGGCAUUAAGGGAGUUGUUAUAAUAUAAAUGGUGAAAAGUAGGUUGCGUUAUAAACCAUGUUAGAGUAUAUAAACAGGAUGGUAAAGUUUAAAAGAUUAAAAUCUUCCAAGUAAAUCAGUGGC